AUGGUUCAAGAUGAUGACUUUUCUUUCCUCCGCCGCACCUUGUAUGAAAACCAAGUCGUGGUACUCAAAGGCCAGGCCGGGCUGACCCCACAAGCACAAUACGAACUCACUCGACGGUUCGACCCUUCCGCGGGAGUUUACAGUCAUGGCAAAUCAAUCGACAAGCGCAGUGUUCUACAUGCUGAUUUGACAACUAUCCCUCACCAGCCCCAAGUCCAAGUCAUUGGCAGUGGUCUGGUCAAAGAAUACGAAGGAUUGAAGGACAUUCGUUUGAAACACCCUCACCACAAGACAUUCCACAAGAAUCCUAUUUCACCAGAGGAAGAUCAUGACCUUACACAUUUUUAUCGCUGGCACAUUGAUUCGGCCAUGUACAACUUGGACCCUCCGCUCGUCACCACACUGUUGGCCGUCCAAGUUCCCAAGGGCCGUCGACAAAUCUGUCGUUACGAUGAUGGCACAGAUACCACAUUGGAUGUUCCUCUUGGCACAACAGCCUUCUUCAGUGGAUACAGGCUGUACGACCUGUUAUCGGAAGAAGAACAACACUUCGUAUGCACAAGCAAAGUCGAAUACGCACCUCACCCCUACAUUUGGAUGAGCAAAGCGAAGUCCCGCUCCAACGGACUAGGUGUGAUUUCAGAAGGGCUGGAACUGGCAGAGAAUGAGUUACCUUCCUUUGAAACCUCCAAAAUCAAAACUUACCCCCUGGCAUGGAAAAACCCUGUGACAGGCAAGUUGGCAAUGAUGGUUUAUCCGACAUGCGUGCGAAAGAUCCAUCUUGAAAAUGGAGAAAUACUUGAUGAUCUUGUUGAUAUUCGGGAGCGGUUGUAUAAGUUGCAGAGACGGGCUAUUGAUCCAUGCUAUUUGUAUACUCAUGAUUGGGAAGAGGGUGAUCUGGUGCUUUUCAAUAACCAUGGUGUUAUGCAUUCAAUUGUUGGGUCUUUUGAGGAGGAUGAAGUACGGGUGUUUAGGCAGUGUAAUAUGGCUGCUAGUCGCCCUCCUCUGGGACCGGAUGAUGAAUAG